CGGCUGCGCGCGUUCCAGGGUCGUUUCCGUUGGUGACGUCCGGCGCGUCCGCCGAGGCAGAGGCGCAGCGAGGAGCUAUGUCGGCGCCAGCCGGGAUCCCCCCGCGCCCUGCCGCAGCCCCUGGAGGGGCCAGAGCGCCCGUCGCCGCGGCCAGGGCGCCUCCCUGUCAGAACGGUCCAAUGCAGAAUCCGAUGCAGUUCCCUUUUGGAUAUGGCUUACAUCUUGAAAACUAUAGUGCUUCCUCCGGACACUACCCGCAAGUGCCCCAUGAAGCUGUCCCGUCGCAGAUGAAUAACCAGUAUGUUGCUGAUUACCACUCUGCUUGCUAUUCAGUACCAGUUCAAAGUGUCAUCACACCUUCUGUGGGUCCCAGCAUGUUGAACACCCAGCAGUUGUAUAGUGGGGCUGCUCAUCCUGUGGAGUCAGCUGGAGGACUUACCCAAGGAGCAAUAUCAUCUGCAUCCCAUUUACAUACAGGUGUUCCACAGUCAUAUUCUGCAUUGAGUAGUCACUACAGUUCUUCAACCAGCUCUUCAGUUGCAUCUCAAGGAUUUCCCCUUUCUUCUGGUCAUUAUGCCAUGCCUACCGUCUCUAGUGCUGUAUAUCCUAAUCUUUCCUAUCCUUCUAUGUCUAUUGGUAGUCCAUAUGGGCAGGUAUUUACUUCCCAGAGCCUUCCAGCUGUUGGGCAGUUUGAAGAGACUAAUGCAUUUCCUGGUCAAAGUUCAACUGUACCUCGUACACUGCCACACCAAGUUCCUGUGGGAUAUAAUUCUACAUCAUGGUCCACUUCAGAUUUUCAGUCAGCUCAAGACAACUUCAGCAGGAAUCGCACUGGAUCCCUGGCUAAAGCAAGCAACCAAAUAAAUACAGUUGGUAUUGUAGAUUCAUUGCAUCCUGUAAGCCAGAAUGUUCAGUUUACCAAGCCUGGCGUAGAAACAUCUGUUGUUUCUUCUGCUGUGACCUCUUCAAUAAGAACACCUGUCGCAGACCACUUAACUGAACCUGCUUCUGUGCCUUCCAAUACACAGCCAUCGGAACCACUGCUUCAAGAAGGCAUGCAGUAUGGUGGAUAUGUUAAUAAUCAAGCUAGCUCUGCACCAGCUCCCUUGUCAUCAAGUUCAGAUGAUGAGGAAGAGGAUGAGGAGGAUGAGGAAGCAGCUAUUGACAGCUCCUCCACCACUAGCAGUGCCUCUCCUGUUAUCAACAAUUAUGAUGCUCUUGAAGGAGGUGGCUACCCAGAAACAAAUUCUGCGACAAGUAGUCCAGCUCCUACUCCUCAGACAUCAAGGACUCCUAAGCCCUUUGGUUACGGAUACCCAACUCUUCAACCUGGAUAUCAGAAUGCAGCACCAUCUACUUCUGCUAUGCAGCCCAGUAAUCCAGGGCACCAUUCUGGGUUUCAGCAAUAUCCACAACAGUAUCCUGGUGUGAACCAAUUAUCAUCCACCUUAGGAGGAUUAAGUCUACAGCAUUCUCAGCAGCCAGAAAGCUUGAGACCAGUAAACCUUACUCAAGAUAGGAAUAUUCUUCCUGUUUCUCCAGUUCUAGCUCCUGUGCCUAAUUUGAAUUCAGACCUUAAAAAAUUAAAUUGCAGCCCAGAUUCAUUUCGAUGUACACUGACAAAUAUUCCACAGACUCAGGCUUUGUUAAACAAAGCUAAACUUCCCUUGGGUUUGCUGCUGCAUCCGUUCAGAGACCUAACGCAAUUACCUGUAAUAACAUCAAGCACCAUUGUGAGGUGCAGAUCAUGUAGGACAUAUAUCAACCCUUUUGUUGCCUUCAUUGACCAAAGGAGGUGGAAAUGCAACUUAUGCUAUCGAGUUAAUGAUGUUCCUGAAGAAUUUAUGUAUAACCCUUUGACACGAUCCUAUGGAGAGCCUCAUAAACGGCCAGAGGUCCAGAAUUCUACAGUGGAGUUCAUUGCUUCUUCAGACUACAUGCUUCGUCCUCCUCAGCCUGCAGUGUACUUGUUUGUUUUAGAUGUGUCUCAUAAUGCAGUGGAAGCUGGAUACUUGACAAUUGUGUGUCAGUCAUUGCUGGAAAACCUAGACAAGUUGCCUGGCGAUUCAAGAACAAGAAUAGGAUUCAUAACAUUUGACAGCACUGUUCAGUUCUACAAUUUGCAGGAAGGUUUAUCACAGCCUCAAAUGCUGAUUGUCUCGGAUAUUGAUGAUGUUUUCUUACCUACACCUGAUAGCUUACUUGUAAAUCUGCAUGAAAGCAAAGAGCUGAUAAAAGAUUUAUUGAAUGCACUACCAAAUAUGUUCACCAAUACAAGAGAAACACACAGCGCACUGGGUCCUGCGCUUCAGGCUGCCUUUAAAUUGAUGUCUCCAACAGGUGGCCGCAUAUCUGUGUUUCAGUCACAGUUACCAUCCUUGGGUGCAGGGCUCUUGCAUUCCAGAGAAGAUCCCAAUCAAAGAUCAAGCACAAAGGUUGUACAGCAUCUUGGCCCCGCGACAGAUUUUUACAAAAAGUUGGCACUGGACUGCUCAGGACAGCAAACAGCUGUGGAUUUGUUUCUCUUAAGUUCUCAGUAUUCUGACCUGGCUUCUCUAGCUUGUAUGUCCAAAUAUUCUGCUGGAUGCAUCUAUUAUUAUCCAUCUUUCCAUCAUAGCCACAAUCCUGCUCAAGCAGAAAAAUUGCAAAAAGACCUUAAAAGAUACCUUACAAGGAAGAUUGGAUUUGAGGCAGUCAUGAGAAUAAGAUGUACAAAAGGUCUUUCAAUACAUACUUUCCAUGGAAAUCUUUUUGUGCGAUCUACUGACUUGCUGUCACUUGCCAAUGUCAAUCCUGAUGCUGGAUUCGCAGUACAGAUGUCCAUCGAGGAAAGUCUAACAGGCACAUCUCUGGUGUGUUUUCAGACGGCUCUUUUGUAUACUUCCAGCAAAGGUGAACGGAGAAUUCGUGUGCACACACUUUGCUUGCCUGUAGUCACUUCACUGGCUGAUGUGUAUGCAGGAGCAGAUGUACAAGCAGUUGUCUGCCUCUUAGCAAACAUGGCUGUGGAUCGGUCAGUUUCAUCAAGUCUUUCAGAUGCAAGAGAUGCCUUAGUGAAUGCUGUGGUAGAUUCAUUGUCAGCAUAUAUCUCAACUGCCUCAAACCUACAGCAAUCCACACUGAUAGCACCAAAUUCCCUCAGACUGUUUCCUUUAUACGUUUUGGCUCUUCUCAAACAGAAAGCAUUUAGAACUGGCACUAGCACACGCUUGGAUGAUCGUAUAUAUGCCAUGUGCCAGAUAAAGAGUCAGCCUCUUGUUCAUCUGAUGAAAAUGAUACAUCCCAACUUGUACAGGAUAGACAGAUUGACCAGUGAGGGUACAAUACAUGUUAACGACAGGGUUGUUCCUCAACCUCCUCUUCAGAAGUUGUCUGCAGAGAAGCUGACCAGAGAGGGAGCUUUUCUUAUGGAUUGUGGAUCAAUAUUUUACAUUUGGAUUGGGAAAAGCUGUGAUAAUAGCUUCAUAAAAGAUGUGCUCGGAUACCCUAACUAUGCAUCUGUACCACAGAAACUGACACAGCUUCCAGAGUUAGAUACACUUUCUUCAGACAGAGCCCGAUCUUUUAUAUCCUGGCUUAGAGACAGUAGACCUUUAAGCCCAGUUCUUCAAGUAAUAAAAGAUGAGUCUCCUGCCAAAACAGAUUUUUUCCAGCACUUAGUUGAAGACCGGACAGAGGCAGCAUUCUCUUAUUAUGAAUUCUUACUUCAUAUUCAACAGCAGAUUUGAAUUACCAGUAGGUGCAAGCCAUAAGAUAUGUGCUUCCACCAAGAAGUGUGUGCAACCACCCUGAAGAAGCAUGAAGACCCUCUCAUCAGUAGCAUUCUAAGGUGGGGGAUAUGUUUUAUGAUGAAUAACUUAAAAAAUUAACAAAGGUUUUUGGCCAUAUUAAAUCUGCAUAUGAAGCAAGGAUCUUUGUUUUUUAAAAAAAGUGUGCCUUAGAAACAAAAAUAGAAGACAUCCAGCCUCCUAGCCAUUGAAAGUAACUGACUCCAGAAACACUGAGAUUGCUGAAAGAUAGUAUAAACUGGAUGGUUCAAGGCACUAGUAUUAAGAUGACUUCUUAAUCUGUUUGAAUUCAGACAAGAUGCAUAGUAAUGGAAGCUGUCAGGUAGCUGUUCUGGUAGUUUGGUCCAAUGGUCCAUCUAGCCCAGUAUCCUGUCUUCUGACCAUGGUUUGUGCCAGAGGGAGUGAACAGAACAGGGCAAUUUGAGUGAUCCAUCCCCUGUCCUCCUGUCCCAGCUUCUAGUAGUCAGAGGUUUAGGGACACCCAGAGCAUGGCGUUUUGUCGCUGACCAUCUUGGCUAAUAGCCUUUGAUGGGCUACCCUUCCAUGAAUUUGCCUAAUUUUUUUUAAAUCCUGUUAUACUUUUUGCCUUCACAACACUUUCUGGCGAAGAGUUCCGCAGGUUGACUGUGCAUUGUGUGAAGAAGUACUUCCUUAUGUUUUAAACUUGCUGCCUAUUAAUUUCAUUGGGUGACCCCUGCUUCAUGUGCUAUGUGAAGGGGUAAAUAAUACUUACUUUUGCCACACUAGUCAUGAUUUAUAGACCUUUAUCACAUCCCCCAUCAGCCAUCUCUUUUCCAAGCUGAGCAGUCCAAGUCUUUUUAAUCUCUCCUAGGAUGGGAGCUGUUCCAUAUCCCUAAUCAUUUUUGUUGCCCUUCUCUGUGCUUUUUCCAAUUCUAAUAUAUCUUUUUUGAGAUGGGCAAGGUGGGUGAGAUAAUAUCUUCUAUUUGAACCAACUUCUGUUGGGGAGAGAGACAAGCUUUUGAGCUACACAGAGCUCUUCAAGUCUGGGAAAGGUACUCCCAGCAUCACAGCAAAAUGGAAAGUCGAACAGAUUGUUGCAAUAAGCUAUAAAUCCAGUGUUUCUGUUCGAUCCAGCAUUUGUAGUGGCUAGCGGAGUAAUGAUUUUAAGCUCCCAGGCUCGUCUUUAGAAAGUGUUGUGCAGGUUUCCUUUAAGAAUGAGGAUGGAUAGGUCAGCUAUAGGUAAGGUGUCCAGAAAUGCAUACAGAAUUCAAGAUGUGGGCAUACAAUAGAUUUAUAUAGUGGCAUGAUAUUUUCUGUUUUACUCUAACUCUUUCGUAAAGGUUCCUAACAUUGUUAGCUUUUUUUGACUGCUGCUGCACAUUGAGUGAGUGUUUUUUAGAGAACUAUCCACGGUGGCUCCAAGAUUUUUCUUGAGUGCUGGCAGCUAAUUUAGUCCCCCUUCAUAUUGUAUGUAUAGUUGGGAUUGUUUUCCAAUGUGCAUUACUUUGCAUUUAUCAACAUUGAAUUUCAUCUGCCAUUUUGUUGCCCAGUCACCCAGUUUUGUGAGAUCCCUUUGUGACUCUUCACAGUCUGCUUUGAACUUAACUAUCUUGUGUAAUUUUGUAUCAUCUGCAUGUUUUGCCACCUCACUGUUUACUCCUUUUUCGUGAUCAUUUAUGAAUGUGUUGAACAGUCCUGGUCCCAGUACAGGUCCUGCGGGCAGCCCGCUAUUUACCUUUCUCCAUUGUGAAAACUAACCGUUUAUUCCUAUCUUGCCCCAGGAGCUCGCAGCCUCGCCGCCCAGAGCAUUGCGCCAGCGGCACAGUGAACUGACGCUGCAGGGAAGGGGCUAGUCUCCCAGGCCAGGAGCUCAGGGGCCGGGCAGGAGGGUUCUGUGGGCCAUAGUUUGGCCACCUCUGCCCUACAUGUUGUGGCUGAAACCCAGUUAAAAUAGGGCCUCUGUCUGAAUGGAGACAUUCUUUGGGGUACUAAGGUACUGCAAAGAGAUUAAUUCAAAUUGUGAGGUUGCUGCAUUCAGAAGACUGUCAAGAAUAUAGUUCUGCCAAAUCAUUUAGGGUUGGAGUUUAAAUUUUAGGAUGAAAGUGACCUGUCUUUCAGCUGCAAAGCAGUACAGAGAUACAAAUACUUCUAUGUAGUGGACUGUGUAUUUUGUCUUUCGAGAGGAUUUUAAGUAUUUUAUUACAAGAUUGUUCCUCAGACGUUCUUGUCAACUGCUGGAAGUGGCCCACCUUGAUUAUCACUACAAAAGGUUCUAUUCCCCCCCACUCCCCCCCCCCCCCCCCGCUCUCCUUAAGUGAUCAUUCUGGUUACAGUGUGUAUGGUAACACCCAUUGUUUCAUGUUCUCUGUGUAUAUAAAUCUCCCCACUGUAUUUUCCACUGAAUACAUCCGAUGAAGUGAGCUGUAGCUCACGAAAGCUUAUGCUCAAAUAAAUUUGUUAGUCUCUAAGGUG